CACUAAUCAAAAUGGCUUCCUCGAAUAAAAUUUCUUGAUAAUUCGGAUAAUAAUUAAAAGUCGCCAAUUUUUUCAAAAAGAGUUUUUAAUAUUUUGUUUAUUUACACUAAAUAAAUUGUUACAUAAUGAUGCCCUAAAGUGAAUCAGUUGUGCAGAAACAGAAAAAUCGUAAGGUUGUCACCAAUAUGAAUAUUCUCGGAAUUUUCCCGUUCCGCGGCGGCGCACUAAAGCCGCUCGCCGGUUUGAUUCCGGCCGCCAUCCGGCACCUGAAUACGUGCCCGCCGCCGCCUCCGCCCAUUGAACGGACACUGAAAAUCGGCCAGCACAAAGUAAAUUUCGUCGAAGCCGGUGCCGGCGAGAAGGGAGUAAUCCUGCUGCCGGGAGCCCUCGGAACAGCUUGGACGGAUUUCAAGCCCCAGAUCGAGCAGCUUCCGGUGCUGCUACCGAACCACAAGAUCAUCGCGUGGGAUCCGCCCGGCUACGGAAAGUCCCGUCCCCCGGAGAAGGAGUUCGGGUUGGAUUUCUACGAGAGGGACGCCGAGGCGGCUGCUGGGCUGAUGGAGAAGAUGGGGUUCGAAGGGGGCUUUUCCGUUGCCGGUUGGAGCGACGGUGGCAUCACCGGGAUGAUUUUGGCCGGCCGGAAACCAUCGCAGGUGGAAAAGCUGGUCAUCUGGGGAUCGAAUGCUUACAUUGCACCAAAGGAGGCGGAAAUUUAUGAAAAUAUUAGAGACGUAAGCAAAUGGUCCGCCAGGAUGCGAGAACCGAUGGAGAAGGUGUACGGAGUGGACGGCUUUCCUAAGGUCUGGUCCGCCUGGGUUGAUGGAAUGCUCGGGAUCUACAAGCAUCGCAAUGGGAACAUCUGCAAGGAGUUGCUGGAUAAGAUCCUAGCUCCGACGUUUAUUCUUCAUGGAGCGAAAGAUCCGAUGAUCGUGCCGGAACAUGUGCCACAUCUGCAGAGCUCGAUAGCCAACACCUCGCUUCACGUGUUUCCUGAAGGUAAGCACAAUAUCCACUUGAAGUAUGCCGAAGAGUUCAACAAGCUGGUAAGUGAUUUCAUUCAAAAGUGAUUGGAGUAGUUUAGAAUAGCUUUUCUGUUAAAACUUAGCUUUUGGAACAAUGUAUUUAUCGCAUGAA